UAAAAACUAUAGCCGAUAAGGAUUUGACCACAUUUCAGUGCGCAUCUAGUGCGGACGGUGUUUCCUUGCAGUUUAGACAUGUUUGUAACACUCUGCUUGCCUAUUGUUCUUCUGCCUCCAAUGAACAUUUGGAUGGACUACUAAACGACGUAUUGCAAACAUUAGGAUUGUUUUCCAUAGGCAACAGGGACAAUCAGAUGGUGUUGGUUUCGGGGCCUCCUCCGUGUGUGCUUGUUCGCCUGGCAGCUCUGCCAUUUCGUUAUUUUUCACGUCCUGCCUUGGUGAGGAUACUAUUUCCUACUUUAAUAGCUGCCACUGCAGGUAAUACCGUUUCGUACAAUCUUUUGCACCAGGAUAUGGACGUAGAGGUGCUUGAGGAUUUCCGAAAAUCGCCCGAAGGCCAGGAAUGCCAGUUGCUGAAAUUAUUCAAAGAACGAGAUCAAUUCGUGCAGGAGUCCAGACAAGAUUCCGCUGAUCCGAUUAAGUGACAAACGAUACGUUUUUGUCGUUAUUCGUGUCUGCGUAAUCAGAUGACUGUAUGUCUGUGAUAUGAAAGAAACAGUUCGGCAAAUCGCAAAAUGCAUAAUAAAAACAAAGAAAUAUUUUGACGUUCAGCCAACGAAUGCGAAAUGCCGUAAGUGAAGAGGAUUUUUUUGGCCUAUUUAUGCCAACUUUUGUAUACCGAUUUUUUAUGAGUGCCCUUCUAAUAUUGAAUGCGUGCCCACAUACAGACCGAAGAAAAUGUCGGUAUUAUUUUGUAGCCCUAUAGAAUAUUGUUGAUUCACUAUUUACGAAGUUGAAUAUCAUAUGCAGUUUUUCAAUAUAUUUAAAAUAAUUAUAAUGCUUAACUACUUACUUUAUUUGAUAUAAAAUAUUAUCUAUCACGGA